ACGCUUCCAGCUUUCAAAUGGUUUUGAUAUUCCGCUACGGGCCUCGUCCUGCUUUUAUUUUCAAGACAGUCUGCUCGCUUCGCCCCGUAAAGACCCAUAGCUUUGCUUUUUUGUCAUUGAAAACGCUUUCAACCAUGUCUGCUGGAGCUGCCAAACAAGAUAAUAAGGACUUAGCUCCGAUUUUCAAAUGGGCAUCGAACGAUGGAGAGUUCCGUCGUCAGGAUUCAUCCUUCCGUGGUGUAGUGUCUAGAGAGCCCAAUGCGACCUUUCGGGCUGAACCUGGGCGGUACCAUUUGUAUGUCAGUUGGGCCUGUCCUUGGGCGCAUCGGACGGUGAUUGUUCGGGCUUUGAAGGGGUUAGAGGAUGUGAUUGGGCUCUCCGUUGUGCAUUAUCUGUUGGGAGACGGGGGAUGGCGGUUUGAUUUGCCCGGGGAGAAGACUCCGGGUGUUGUCCCAGAUACAGUUAAUGAGGCGCAAUACCUCCGUGAGCUGUAUUUCAAGGCUGACCCAGAGUAUAGCGGCCGUUAUACUGUGCCCGUUCUAUGGGACAAGAAACAUGGUACCAUUGUAAAUAACGAGAGUUCAGAGAUCAUCAGGAUUCUCAACACGGCGUUUGACGAGUGGUCCACGGCUCCCGGUGUAACGUACUACCCCAAAGACCUUGCAUCUCAAAUCGAUGAAGUUAAUACAUGGGUGUACGAUCAAAUCAAUAACGGGGUGUACAAGGCUGGAUUUGCAACUAGCCAAACUGCUUACGAAUCCAACUAUGCGAAGGUUUUUGACGGUCUCGCUCGCGUUGAAUCCCUUUUGGCGAAUCGUAAAUGGUUGGUGGGCGAUCGGUUCACGGAGGCUGACAUAAGGCUAUGGACGACCAUUGUGAGGUUUGAUCCGGUAUAUCACACCCAUUUUAAAUGUAACGGGGGAACCAUUACACACGAUUAUCCCAACAUUUUACGGUGGGCACGACAAGUGUACCAAACGCCAAAGAUCAAGGAAACCGUCAAUAUGAUGCACAUCAAGCGGCAUUAUUACAUGUCCCAUAUUCAGAUUAAUCCGUACAGGAUUGUACCUGAAUGGGAUGGUCCUGAUUUGGACAUAAAAGUUUAAGAUUAUGGGCAGAAGAUUCUUGUGUACUUUAUUGAAAACGUGCUUCCCUGGCCACAGGAAAAUAAAAGCAUAUUACCUUGCCAAAAACUAAAUUAGGUAAUUGCAGUAGGAAUUUAAAAAAGAAAGCCUGAUUGCAGGUUAAAGCGAGGAGCAAUAUAUAUGGAUUACGUUGA